GCCGCUGCUUAUGGUGGAAAUGUAAUAGAUAUAAGUACAGAGCUCGUGAGCGAACUAAAAACGCGAUAGAGAAGUAGAGAGAGGAUGUUCCGUCCUUGUCUAAUGACGCGCACUUGUACAGGAAAUAUGUAACAGCGGUAUACGAGCAGCGUCAGUGUCCACUAGUGUGCAUGCCUGAUUAAACAAGGACAGGAAGUAUCUAUACAUGGUGUUCUCUUUCUAUUUCCAUGUUGCAUCCAUCUUACUAUACAGUACACACACUCAGCUAUUCUAUCAUUAUAUUUGUGCGUUGCUUAUGUGUGAACCAAACAUUUCCAUGACAACAAAUCGUUUGUCUCUUGUUUGAUGCUCGGUUUUCAACAGAGUUGAAAGAAUUUUUUAAGAGAAACGCAAUGGACGGGUUGUUUUUAAAGCAAUAAACGGAAAUUCUCGUAUGCAUUGAGAAACGAUAGGCGAUUUGAAAGUGUCACUAUGAACGGUGAUUUAUCGAUGCAAGGUAGUAUGAAUAAGAUAUUUUAUAAUCUGCGAAAAAAGGUAAGGAAUAUUCUAGAUUUUAGAUUUUAGAAUUUCCACGUCACAGACGAGUGUGUUUUGUUAUUUGAUUUGUAAUAUUGCUGCAGUUCUCUUAAUAGCUGUUCGUUUCAUGCGAUACUCGCACAUAGUAUCUAUGACUUUUGCUUCUAACAAUUUUUAUAAUUAGGCUGUAUCAAAUAUUUUUAACGUUCGUGUUUCAUGAAAAAUCAUGUGUAACUCGUUGAAUUCGCAAAUGUAACAAAAAAUUACAUGAAAAACCUUAUAUUAUUGUAAUGAAAAAAUAAUUAUAUUAGGAGGAGAGUCGUAUUUCGGAACGUCAUCGGAACAUAUUACACCUUGUAUGUGAUUAUUUGGAACACAAUGGACGUUAGCGAUGUAUUAUUCCGGGAAGCUCGUCUAUCUCCCGAACAUCGGGUUUGCGACAACAUCGAUUUGGAAAUUAUCGUUGCAGAGUAUGAAAAUUAUUACAAGAUGAAAUUUCAAAAAUAUCCCAUAUUGUGUAAGAAAAUAACUGGAAGGGAAAUGACGAGGGAAGUGACAAAUGCAAGCAAAACUGUUUGUAGAAGUAUUGAGACAAAAGCCAAAUCUGUUAGUAAACAAGCGAGAAGUGAGCCUGUGAAAGAGACGAAUCUACAGCAGAAGAUAACUGAUGACAAUACGAAUCAUAUUAAUCUCGCAAUGACAGUGACGUCAAUAUUCCCCAAUGAGAGUGAUGGACGUUCAUCAGAAGAGCUAUUUAACGUUCCAAUGGAACAAUCCAUGCAAUCGAAGAUAUUGAAAUGCAUUGAAAAGCUUUAUUCAGAUAAUCCGGAAUUACGAAAGAUUGCUGAGGACAUCUCAUGCAGAAGACGCCAUUUUAUCUUUGUAUCGUCACAGGAGAUCAUAGUAAACAAAUUAAAUGUACAUUGGGAUGACGUUAUAGGCCUAGAGGAAUGUAAAACCGCUGUUAAGGAGGCCGUUGUGUAUCCCCUUAAGUAUCCUAUCUUUUUUGAUGGCCCGUUUUCCCCCUGGAAAGGUAUUUUGCUGUAAGGCCCACCUGGUACAGGUAAGAUACUCGUAUUCUUUUCAUUUCUGUACGUGUUUACAAGAAAUAUACAAAACAGGGAAAACGAAGUUAGCGAAGGUAGUCGCGACAGAAUGCCAUUGCACCUUUUUUAACAUAAAUGCCAGCUCAUUGGUCAGCAAAUGGAGAGGCGAUUCCGAGAAGUAUAUACGUGUUUUAUUUGAACUUGCCUAUAGUCAUUCGCCUACAAUUAUUUUUAUCGACGAGAUUGACUGGAUCGCCACAAAUAAAGGAGACUGUAUAUUGUCUGAACCUGCAAAGAGAUUCAGAUCAGAACUUCUUUCUAGAUUGGAUGGAUUAGUGUCUAAUGAGAAUUCUAAUGUAGUUCUUCUGGCUACAACUAAUUCCCCUUGGUACGUAUAUCACGUUAUUUCAAUGUUUUCUAAGUAGAAAAUAUCGUAAUAUUUCUCCAAAUUCCAAAUAUGUUAUUGUGUUGUUUGAAGUAUUCCUUCAUUAUUAUUAGUAUAAUAGAACGAUAAUAUUUAUUGUAAAUAUGUUAUUAGGAUUUGAUUGAUUGGCAUUGAUGCAGCUUUACUCAGGCAUCUCGAAAAGCAAAUAUACGUAUCAUUACCCAAUGAAGUUGCUCGACUUGGUAUAUUCAAAUUAUACCUUAGCAACCACUUAUUAGAAAAUACAGAUAUUGUAAACCACAUAGUAAAAUGUACUGAAAGAUAUUCUUGUGCAGAUAUAAAAUUGCUUUGUAAGCAAGCGUGGCUACUAGAAAUAAGCCCGAUAUGGAGGAGACUUGAAAAGAAAGAAACACCUGUUACCACUUUGAAAUAUGAAUUAAAAAGUUAUGAAAUAUUAGCAAAAUUGUUAAAAAAAAUGUCACCUACAGUUAUGCAAAUAGAUAAAUAUGAUACGUGGAACAAAUAAAUACGCAAUCGUAAGGACAGAUAUUGAAAAAUAUAAAUAAAUGGAUUAUCGUUCGAGAAAUCAUUCGCAUGUGUGUGCAUGUGUGUUCGCGCACGCGCUAUAGGCUAAGUUUAAAAUGUUCGGUUGUAUUAUAUCCUUGUAUUAUAUAUGUCGGUGAUGAAAGGAAAACCGGAGCCUUCCCUUUGCAAUUUUGAGGAAGCCUUCUAAUGCUUUAGCCUAGAUUUUAUCAUAACUGUAAUUAAGCAAUUGUUAUUUGUAAUUGUUUGAUAUUUGUGAAAGCGAAAGUGGGUUCGAGGUGACAACUGGUCGCCGAACGUAGCCACGGUCACGGGAUAAACGUUUUGCCUGACGAAGGUGUGGAUCGGUUGUAUUGUUCUCCCUAGAAAUCACAUAGAAUUGUACUUUAGAGAUGUCGAUAUAAUGGGACACACGUUGUAUUAGGAAUCAAUCUCCAGACAGAAACUGCCUAGUAACGGCGUUUGAAUCUUUCUCGAUGUUUCCAAAGAGUAUACAACAAACUUUUGACAGAAAUUGCCUAGCAACAACGAUUGGAACCUUCUCGAUGUUUCCAGCGAGCAUAUAACAAACAAAUGCAGUCGUAUAGCGAAAAAGAUUUUCAUCAGAUAUUCAUUCGUGUGAUCGCCUUGGAAAGUGAUACAUCGAGCAAUUUACCGAGUGUCUUAGCAAUCGUAUUUUUUUGUGUUUAAAAUUAUUCUACGCAUAGUAAAAAGUUAUCCCGUUGACCGUGGAUUCGUUUGAACCCAGGAACAUUGUUAAUAGCGUUAAUUAAAUUCAUUAUUCGUUAAAUUUAUUAUUCGUAAAACAUAUUAUUCGUUACUCUUAUUAUUCGUUAAACUUAUUAUUCUUUAAUCUAAUCAUUAGUUAAACUUAUCAUUUGUUAAUCUUAUCAUUCAUUAAACUCAAUAUUCAUAAUAUUUUGCAAAAUCUUGUAUAUUCGCGUAAAUAUAAUCUCUGUUUCGUAAAACAAUGGCUAAUUAUUCGUUCCUCUUAUUGUUCGUUAAACUUAUUAAUCUUUAAUCUAAUUAUUAGUUAAACUUAUCGUUUGUUAAUCUUAUUAUUUAUUAAACUCAUUAUUCAUAAUAUUUUGUAAAAUCUUGUUUAUUCGCGUAAAUAUAUUCUCUGUUUCGUAAAACAAUGGCUAAUUCAAACGAAGGAUCAUUACGCGCCUUAAAUCCUAAUGAUAACCCGACAUAUAUAUGUGAGUGUAUUUUAUCAAAAAUAUGUUUUUUAUGUUUUCUUAUCUUAGUAAUUAUUUUUAAAAAAGUCUUAAAGUCUUAUAUGAAAAUAAAGCUGUUCUUUAUUUCAAAUAAUUGAAGUAAAUAAAUACAAUGAGUUUUAUAUUUUAUUAUAUCUUA